AUGUUGGGAACAGCAGUGCCAUCCUUGGGUGACGGCGCCUCCCCCUCCACCGCCACGAUGGACCCCCCCUCUGCCACGGACGCAGAGGGCCUGCUGGCCGAGGCGCGGGAGGUGGCCUCCACGCGCCAGGUCACCGACGCCUUCGCGGCCACCUUCCCCGAGCGGCUGGAGUACCACCUCCGCGCCGCGAGCGAGGGCGGCCCCGCGGGCGCGGACGCCGCGCUGAGCGCGCUGCGCGACCAGCACCUGCGCCUGGCCGCCGACUACGACAACUUCCGGAAGCGCAGCGCCGCGGAGCGGGACAGCGCGCGCACCGCUGCCCGGGGCGACACCGUGCUGGAGCUCCUGGCGGUGGUGGACAGCUUCGAGCAGGCCGCGGCGGCGCUGAGCCCCGCCACGGACGGCGAGCGCAAGGUGGUGGCCGCCUACGACGCCGUGUACCGCCAGCUGGUGGCCGCCUUCCGGCGGCUGGGCGUGGAGGCGGUGCCGGGGGAGGGCGAGCCCUUCGACCCUGCGGUGCACGAGGCCAUCAUGCGCGAGCCUGCGCCCGCGGGCGUGCCGGACGGCACCGUCGUCCAGGAGUUCCGCAAGGGCUUCCGGCUGGGCGACAAGCUGCUGCGGGCGGGCAUGGUCAAGGUAGCCUUUGCCGAGGACGAGCCCACGCAGGGUGGGGAGGAGGAGGCCUGA